CAUCCUCGCUUUGAGGCGUUUGCUGACAGUCGCGAGUGUUGGACUGCCAGUCAAAUCCCGCUUUCCUCGUCGACACGACCACGCCGAGCAUCUGAUCCUACUGCUGCCGUCUUUAAGCGCAUGUACAGCGACCUCUCGACUUGAUCAAGAACGCGCGCGCAACCGGCGCGAUUGUUUGCCGCUCGAUGACUCAUCGCCUCCACCGUACAUAACAGACCUCAUCGCCUCCACCGUACAUAACAGACCUCACACGGCCUUGCCACAUAGGCCUGUGGCUCCCACUACGAGCCGCAAGCAUGGCGCAAGUCGCGCAGUCUAGCGCGCUUCCGCUCGACUUGCCGGCUGAUCUGGACUUGAUAACUUUGCAAGCACAGAUCCAGGGCGUUCAGCCUGGUACGGAAGCGACACCUGACCGAUUGGCGUGCCCAGAUGGAAGUCUCAUCAUCACGCUGUAUCGCGCUCUGCAACACGCAGCAUACACAUUGGAUCAAGAGCGACAGGAGCGUCAGCACGCUGACGUUGACUCUGAAACUGCUCUGCACACUGCGCAAGCAGCGGCAUCAGAGGCCACACAACGCGCAGAAGCUGCUGAGCAGCGGGCCCUUGCCUCCGAGGAGAAGCUCGUCACCGCUCAGAGUGAGCUGCAUCAAGAGCGAGAGCGCAAAAAUGCGGAAACAAGUUCAGCCGCUCUGCCACAGGCAGGCUCAUCAGAAGCGGAGCGGCGCGUACAAGCUGUGGAAGAGGAGAAGCGUAAUCUCUUGGAGCUGCUUGACCGUGAGAAGCUCGAGAAUGCCAGAAAAGCUGAGGAACUGGAGACUCUAAGCGCUAGGGCACGUGAGACCCGAGCAGAGUUGUCCCGCCUCUCUUCGGACCUCUCAUCUGUGCGCGGCAGCGAAGGCACGCUUCGGUUCAAGACCCAAACUUUGGAACAACAGCUUGAGCUGGCACGCAACGACGCCAGCUGGGCUCAUGGAGAAUUGACUCGCGCCAACGAAGCCGCGAGCGCAGCUCGCACCUCCACGCGCAACGAAAUCAUUCAGUUGCAGGCAGCUCUUGAAAGUGCAACGUCUGCCGGCUCUGCGGCUCAAACCAAGUUAGACACCUUGCAGACUGCAUACAACACCAACCUGCAGAGACUCACUGAGGUUACGGAUAAGCUUGCAGAUACGACAGCUCGAGCGGGUUCUCAAGAAGAGGCUUUCAGAGCCGAGAGCGCUACUCAACAGCGCCUCAUCUCAUUGCUUGAGCGAAGAGCCGAAGAUGCAGAUCGCAGAGCUAAGAAUGUGGAGGAUGAGUGGGAAGAUGUUCUCAGUCGCGCCCGAGACCUUGAGCAAGUCGCUAGAGACGAAGCACGUGAAGAGGCUGACGCAAGACACAGAGCGGAGUCGCAGGUCAGCGAACUGCAAGAAGCGCUCGAUCGCCUAGCAGAAGGUGUCGGCAUCAACUUAGAUCCUGACGCGCUCCGCAGAGAAAGCAGCGCAGGCCCGCAAGGUAGCGAGCGCAGUCUUGCCAACUCGGCGCUCGGCGCAUCAUUCAGCUCUUCGUUCUCGCCUACGGCUGCCCUCGCAUCAAAGGUGCAGCGGAGCGGCAAGUCGUUUAGCGCCGUGUACAGCGACCUCGUGCGCACGCAGGAGGAGCUACGACGCGAGCGCGCAGAAGUUGUUCGACUUGGCACCGUCCUGGAGCAAGUCAUGGCUGACUUGGAGGAUCGUGCUCCCGCGCUACAGGCCCAGCGCGAGGAGGUUCAACGGCUUGCAGCCGAUCUCGAGGAACUUGCGGCUGAAAUGGCUCAAGCUGGUCAGGAACGCGAUGUUGCCCAGCGUUCUGCUAAGCUUGCAAAAGCGGAUGCCGAAGCGGCUCGCAGGGAAGCCGACGUAUCCGCACAGCAAAUAGCCGACUUGGGUCGUCAGGUUCGCAACUUGACGCGAGAAGCUAUCAUUCGAGACGACCCAGCUGCAGCAACACGACUAGAGGAUGAUGGUUCUGACGGGUCAGAGGCGAUCGAAGGUGACACCCAAGCCAUCAUCACCGCAGAACUCGUAACAUUCUCUUCCUUGUCUGGUCUGCUGGCACAAAAUCAACGCCUCUUGCACGCGAUAAGGGAGCUUGGAUCUCAGAAGGAGGCGGAAGAGCAAAAGCGUGCUUUGCAAGCAGAACAAGACGAGAGCGAGGCGGUCGCAGAAGCUCGCAACUUGAUCAUGCGUCUGCAAGAAGAGAUGAAGUCCGAGCGACAAAGGGCCGAGGCUGCUCGUCGCGAACGGGACAUGUUCAGAUCUAUGUGUGCGCGAACCGGAGGUUCCCUCGCAGUCGGUGCCGGCGCAACGGAGAAUGGCGCUGUCUCUGCUCCCAGUACCAAUCUUGCAAGUCAAUAUGCUGAAUUGCAAGGACAAUUCGACACCUUCAGAGACGAGACAGCCCAGGACAUCGAGCGACUCAAGGAAGAUGUACACCGAGCAAGAGAGGAGGCUGGUCGGGCAUCAGUAGAAACCGCGCGCCAGAGAGCGAUGCGAGAGGCUGGCGAAGAACGCUAUCGAACGCUCAACCAGACUUACGAUCUGGCCAGAUCGGAGCUAUCAGAGCUCAGCAAGCGCAACAACGCCAUUCAGGAACAGUUGACUCGUCGCGAGAUUUCUUCACACAGCGCAGAGACUCAGCUUCUGGAGGCCCGCUCGAGUCUCGAACGUCUGCGAAACGAAGCAGCCAACCUGCGCGCUGAGAAGGAACUCCACGCAAGUACACAACAGCGAGUGCUUGAAGAGAAUCGCAACCUCGUUAGUGAGAAGGCCGCCCUCUCAGAUCUAUUGCGCAACGUUCAAGGCAUGCAGAAUGAGCUGGAACGAGCGGGCGGUGAAGCGAGAAGGCGUUUGGAAGCCAGCGUGUCUAGCCUCGAAGAUCAGACAAGAGAUCUCCGCGAAAAGCUCACAAAAGAAGAGGAGAGCUCCCGACAGCUCAAACUUCAGCAUGAGGUCCAGGUCCGCGAUUUGAGCUUACGUCUCGAGAAGGCUGCGACGGAAGGCGCGACGGCGCGGGAGCAUCUUGCUGCCGCCAAAUCCGACGCCAGUCAUCUUGGCACAAGGGUGGACGAUCUCACCAAACAGCUGCAGUCCAAAGAGGGACGCUUAGCAGUCUUCGAGCGUCGCCAUGCACCGUCUUCAUCGACAUCGAUGCUCACUCGCGAACAACAACUCGAGAUCGAAGUCGCAGACCUCCGCGGCAGUCUCAGCACUGUCCAAGUUGAGGCAGAGCAGGCUCGCGACCAUGUCGAGCAGUUCAAAGCCAUCGCGGAAGCCAACGAGGAGGCUCUUGGUGCGCUACAGAAGACGUACGAGGAGUACAAGGCACAGACUGAAGCAGAGCUGUCUCAGAAAGAGUCCGAGAUCACCAGCCGUCGUGAACGCCUGGAUUCCCUACUGUCUGAGCUGAGCUCCUCUCAGCAAGAGUCCACCACCGCUAGACAGGCGCUUGAGACUGCUCAGCGCAUCUUUGCGGAAGAGAAACGUUCACUUGAGGCAGCGAUGGCCGAACUUGGCGGCCUCGAGGAGCGCGUGCGCGCUGAGCAGGAUGAUUCCCGAGAUGAGGCCAGGAAGCAAGCCAAGCUUGCUCGUGAAGCGCAUGCCAAGUACGAGUCCGAGCUUGUUGCUCAUGCCGACGACAUCAGAGCGCUGUCUGCCAUCAAGCAACAGGUAGAAACUGCGCAGAGGGAAGCGAGAGAGGCAAUCACAAUGCGUGAAACUGCUGAGGCGAAUCUGAGCGCGUCUCAGAGCAGCUGGGAAUCUCAGCGCUCCAUUAUCGCCAAGGAGAAGGAAGAGCUGCAAGUUCGCAUGGGGUCGCUCCAGGAGCAGAACACAAUACUGCACCAGCAUCUCGAAAGCGUUAGUGCACAGGCUCGCCAAAUACGACAGGCUGCCGACCAGCUUCCUUCUGGCACCGGAAUCAGUGGAGAUGCAACCACACUCGCGCAGGGUGCGCAAGGAGAGCUACAAGAGGUCAUCAACUACCUACGACGCGAAAAGGAGAUCGUUCAACUUCAGGUCGAACUGCGCGAUCAGGAGAUUGUCCGAUUGCGUCAAAGUCUCGAGCACAGCACUGCGGCUCACAACACUGCUCAAGCACAAUUAGCUGAAGAGCGCGCCCGCGCUAGUUCUGACGGCAGCAGCAGCAAACAUCACGAGGAGCUUCUUGAGAAGGUCAAUCAGCUGAGCAUUCUCCGCGAGAGCAAUGCGACGCUUCGCGACGAGGCCGAACGUGCCACAAGCAAGGCUGCGCAACUCGAGUCGCAACUCAACGCUCGCAAUGCCGAGCUAGAGCCUUUGCGAGAACAAUUACGCAUUACGCAGGUGGAGCUCGAAGCGAAGGAAGGUCAGCUUCGCAUCAUUCAAGAGGAUAACAAGCGAUGGCAGGCACGAGCGCAGAGCAUUCUUCAACAGUACAACCGCGUCGAUCCCGAAGAUAUCGCCAAGCUUGAAGAGCGGGCGAAGGCUGCCGAGAAAGCUGUCGAAGACGAGAAGGAGAAAGCCCGUGCUUCCUCGAGCGAUGCCGCGGAAGAGUUGCAGAAGCAAACCCAAGCACUUGACAAAGCCAAGGCUGAUCUCACUACGGCGGAGGAGAAAUUCGGGCGCCUCAAGCAGCAGACGCAGGAGCGCCUCCGGACAUCGGACAGUCAGAAGCGAGAAGCGCAGGCCGAAGCCAACCAGCUAAGAGCCACCGCAUCGCGCGUCGCUGCAGCGGAGGCUUUGGAAAACGCGAAUGAAGAAUUCAAGGCCCAGAAUGAACAGCUACAAACACAGCUGAAAUCUCUCGAAGAGUCGUCGGCGAUGCUUCGCUCUGAGGCGGAGAGUUUGAAACAGCGUCUUGAAGAAGCUAGUAAACCGGAUCCUAAUCCAAGCGAUGCGGUCGCGCAGCAGGCAGCCGGGCCAUCUACAGAUGAGGCCGUCACAAAGGCUAUUCAAGAAGCUCGUGUUUCUUGGGACGCAGAGAAGCGCGAGUUGGAGGCCGCCAAAGCCCGCAGCGAAGAACUCCAUCGUGAGCUGUCCGCCAAGCAUCAAGAGUCACAGACAGCACUGGAGACAGCGCAGCGAGCAUUCGGCGAACAAGCAGCAAAAAUUCGUGCAGAGUGGGAAGCUAAUCACGUUUCCGAGAUUGAACAAGCAGCUGCAAAGCGCGCGUCUCAGGGACAAAAUGCUCCCUCGGCCGGUGCAGCCAAAGUUGAUGAAGCUGAGGAAGGCGAGGCGGAUGCUGAAAGAGGGUUUCCGAGCGCAGUCGCCUCCGCGCGCGUCGCGGAGCUCCAAGCUGCUCUCGAUGCUGCCAAUACAAGGAUCGCAGAGCUUCAGGCAGAGCUCGACGCUCUCAAAUCAUCGCUGAAUGGCUCAGGCCCUGAUCAAAAAGUCAUUGACGAUCUCAAACAGGCGCACUCGGAAGCACUCGAGCAACAAGAGUCGCACCUCGCGCAGCUUUACGCCAAACGCCAACAACAAGCCAUUGACGUCGCACUCAAGAAACGAGGACAGCAAUCGAUCCCCUCUGACGUUCAGCAAACCAUCGAGGCACGUGUAAAGGAGGGUGUCGAGCAAGCAGAGAAGCAAUGGCAAGAACAGCACAAGGAGGUGCUUGAAGCAAGGUAUCAAGCAGGCAAGAGCGAAGCCAAUCUAAGAAACGAAGUUGUCGUCAAACUCCGUGACAAGAAGAUUGCUUCGCUCACCACACAGCUUGCUGAAGCCAAGGGAGAGCCACUGCCCGCUACCACGAGCACGCAAAGCAGCCAAGUUUUAGCUUCGAGCGCUGAGGGCGCGACAUCUUCGACAGCUCCAGCUGCGAUGCCUGCAUCCAUGGCGGCGGUCGUUACUUCCGCGCCUGUCGAAGCAGCUGAAAGCGCGAGCUCCACUGCAUCGGCUGCCUCGAAUGGCCAAGCUGUCGCAGCACCGUCUGCAUCUGCAUCUUUGCCCGUUGCGCCAGCAGCUGUGCGCGGUCGAGGCGGUGGGCCUGCCCGAGCUACGACCAUCAUCCGUGGAGGCCGAGGAGGCAGAGGCGGAGCAAACCCCGCGGGUAGUGCCACCGGGAAAAGAGCAGCGGAAGAAGGCUCCAACAAUGGCACCACAACUUCCAAGCGUGCUCGACCUGUCGGUGGAACAAUCCCUAUUCGUGGCUCUCGAGGAGGAAGAGGAAGAGGUGGAGGAGGCUCCACAGAGUAAAGUGAACUUUCAUGUCGGCUGCCACAAGCAUCAGUUGAUUCGACUCAAAUCGUACAAAGCAAGGUUGUACUGCGGUGUUCAUUCGAAUGCCCUUUUCAAUGUAUCCUUUCGAUCCAGAUGUCUGCGCGAGCUGUCACGCGGAGGCUUGCUCGAGAGAGACGGGCGAGUGAAUGAAGGGCUGGAGUGCCCCUGUGACCAUUCGGCUCGACAAUAAAUAGAAGUGA